CCGUUCAUGCUGCUGAGUAAGCAAGGCACACGGCAAACGGUUGUGCGACACCUUAAAUUGGAAAGCGUCGAUGUUCACUAUCCCACUUUGUUUCUUUCCUUCGCUAUACCUGCGUUACCUGUCUUUGGCGUAUCAAUGCAAAUACUCACAGGGAAACCAGCGAUCUGCUUCAUACCAAAGAGGAACUUUGUAAUUCCCUCCAACAAUAAAUCCCUUCAGCAUGAAGAAGGCGGAGCGAGUGUUAUUCUGUAUGCUUGUCUCCUAUCGAGAUACUCUAUGUCUAAUGGUGACACUCGUCGCUGUCGCACUCGCUUCCACUCGCACUCUCAUACUCCGAGUCAUCGACGCCCACAUCCAGAGUUCGCUGCUCAACAUCGAAGCCCGCUUUUGUGAGACCUUCAUUAAUUUCGGCGGCCUUAGCGGGUGCGGUGACCACGACGGCAACGGAAGACGAUGGAUCGAAGAGAGGGAGGAAAUGCUGCUUCAGGGAAGUGAGGACAUCCUCUUUCGUGACGGCUUGGAAUCUCUCAAGCAAUUCAACAUUGAAGUUUUGAGGUACCCCCUUCAGCGCUUGAUUGAUGAAUGAUAGAAGGCCCUGAGCACAUAUCGUCAGCACCGUUCGAAUAAAGAGAUGCUGUGUAGACCAC